CAUUUCAGAUAUCAUUAUUGUAUUCUGUACCCUGUAAGCUGUGCUGCUCAUUGGUCUUCACUUCGCGGCGGCGACGUCUAGCUCAACCCGCGGUCCAAUUGUUGCCAUAUUACUUGGAGUUAUUUUUAUAGGAGUGAUAACACGCAACACGUGGUAGGGCCUUAGGGGUCUUAAGCGGCGGCUUUCUUUCGACGGCGAUGGCGGAGGGCGAGGCCCCACACCAAGGUGGAGAGGGGAAAACAAGCAAAAAACGAAAAAAGGUCCGCGACCCAGAUGCCGCUGACGCUGCCAAACGGCUGAAACGCGGCCCAUCCGUGGACCUGAAGUCCAUUACCGACAAAAAGCUCAAAGGGAAGCUUCGCAGGGCGGAGGCGGUGUUCGCCAGCUCGCAGAAAAAGGCGGCGCAGAUCAACGAAUGGCUGCUGCCGGCGUCGGCGGGGACGUUGGAAGCGGAGGGCAUUGAGCGUACAUGGAACUUCAAGCAGGAGGCUAUCGUGCAGGCGGUGGACGUCACGGCGGCGCGCAAGGCCUUUGACCUGUCUCUGCCGGAACUAGGCCCCUACCGACUGAACUUCACGCGCAACGGCCGCUUCAUGGUGCUGGGCGGCAACCUGGGUCACUUGGCUGUCAUGGACUGGCAGCGAUCGCACCUCGUGUGCGAGGUCCAGGUCCGGGAGACGGUCCGUGAUGUUGUGUUUCUGCACAACGAGACCUUUUUUGCGGCGGCACAGAAAAAGUACGUGUACGUGUACGACAAGCGGGGCCUGGAGGUGCACUGCCUCCGAGACCACACGGAAGUGAACGCGCUGGACUUCCUGCCAAACCACUUCUUGUUGACGUCCAUAGGAGAGCACGGUGUGCUACGGUACCAGGACACCAGCACGGGCCACAUCGUAGCACAACACAAGACUCGGCUGGGGCCGUGCAGCCUGAUGCGCCACAACCCGCACAACGGGAUCAUGCUGCUGGGCCAUCUCCGCGGCUGUGUGACCAUGUGGACCCCCAACCUCACCACCGCGGCCGUCAAGAUGCUGUGCCACCGGGGCCCGGUGAAGGCGCUGGCUGUGGACCCCAGCGGGACUUACAUCGCCACCUCGGGGGUGGACUCCCAGAUCAAGGUGUGGGACAUCCGCAUGCUGCAGCCAAUGCACGCCUACUACAGCCAUGCCCCCGUGACCCAGAUGGACAUCAGUCAGCGCGGAUUGCUGGCGGUGGGGUAUGGCCGCAAAGUGCAGAUUUGGCAAGACGCGCUGCGCAGCAAGGCCCAAUCACCUUACCUGACCCACCACCUGCCGGAGGGUGUGCUGGAGACGUUCCGGUUCUGCCCUUACGAGGAUGUGCUGGGGAUAGGGCAUUCGGCUGGCAUCAGCACGAUACUGGUGCCGGGUGCUGGUGAGCCCAAUUUCGACUCCUUCGUAGCCAACCCCUUCCAGACCGUCAAGCAGCGGCGGGAGCAGGAGGUGGUUGCACUGCUGGACAAGCUGCAGCCGGAUACCAUUGUGCUAGACCCGGACACAAUUGGCAGGGUCCGCAAAGAGCCCGCCGACGUGAUGAAGGAGCGCCGGGAAGAGGAAGCUGCCGCGAACACGGCUCGUCUGGUGGCGAUGCGGCGCAAGUCGGAGGUCAAGGCCAAGAUGAAGGGCAAGAAUAAGCCCAGUCGGCGGCAUCGCAAGAAGCAGAGCAAUAUCAUUGAGGACCGCAAACCCUCCAUUCAGGAGCGACAGAAGGAGGAGGCGGUUCGUCGGAAGGAGGCGGCCCAGAAGAAGUCACAGGCUGCCAUUCCAGAAGACGCUCCCCGAGCCCGUUCUGUCCAACAACUCCCUCAAGGGCCAUCUCCCGCUCGCGUGGAGCGCUCUCGAGGACUUGGAGGUGCUGCGUCCACUGUCAUCCACUGCCGCGCCUCCCUGCCGCAUCUUUGCGACCCCCUCUUCCCCAUUGUUGGCUACCUUAAGUACCUGGACGGCAACUCGCUCACUGGGCCGCUGCCGGGCAUGUGGGCGGCCCUACGAAGCCUUCGAGAGCUUCGCCUUCGGAACAACAAUUUGUCAGGCGGCUGCUUACCAGCUUCGUGGGGUGGAGGACUGGCCUCCCUGCAAUACGUGGACAUCAGCCUGAACCCACAGCUCUGCGCCAGCGACGCAGGUCCGUCCAACGGCGGCCCUCCCGCAUCGUGGGGUCGUCUAGGGUUCCUGCGCUCCAUGGCGCUUCAAAACACAGGUCUCGCGGGCACGCUGCCGCCGGAAUGGGCUUUCAUGCGACGGCUCGUCCAAAUGGACUUGUCAGAGAACAACAUUGCGGGCACGCUACCGGAAGAGUGGGCCGCGGCCUCGGACGUAAGCGCCGGCAUCGGAUUCUUCGGUAACGGCGAUGGCAGCACCACCAUCACCAACGGCGGCAUCAGUAGCAGCGGAGGGCUGGAUCAGCUCCGUUUCAUGGACCUGAGCCGCAACUCCCUACAGGGGCCACUGCCGCCCGCCUGGUCACGUCUGCAAUCCCUGCAACACUUGAGCCUUCACACCAAUGCGCUAUCGGGGACAGUGCCCGAGGCCUGGGGCUCACUACACGGGCUCGCUGGCUUGCGGCUCCAUUCCAAUGCGGCCCUGUGUGGUCCGCUGCCUCACGUCAUGCUGGGGGGCCCCAUAGCUUCGUCGGCUGUUGGGGGCGGCGGCAGCGGUGAUGGUGGUGGUGUUGGUGGUGACGGUGGUGGCGUGGUGGGCGAAGCUACCACGGCUUUAGCGGCAGCCAUCAACGGCACUGCCCUGCUACGGGAAUGCGUCUGGGCUCGGACAGCUGGCCUGCUGCAAGACAUCCGCCGCUCGCUUACUGACCCACGGGGCGCCCUGGCCACCUGGGUUGAGGGCACUGACCCUUGCGGAGCCGUCGCCAGCCGCCGCUGGGCAGGUGUGGUCUGCGACGUGAACGCGGGCGCGGCAGUCGCCGACAGCGUUGACGGUCGUGUUGGAGGUGGCCUUGGCGUGGUCGGCCUGGCUCUACAGGACAUGGGCCUGAGGGGCUCCCUUCCGCCCCAGUUGGCGCUACUAGGAAACAGUCUGAGACAGCUGAGCUUGGAUGGGAACAGCUUGUCAGGCACCUUGCCCGGCACCUGGGCGCUGCUAGGGGGCCUCACUAAACUAACCGCAGCGAGGAACACCAUAAGCGGCUCCCUGCCUGCUGCCUGGAGUGCGCUGCACAAUCUGUCGUACCUGGACUUGUCGUACAACACCCUUCGGGGAUCCCUGCCAGGCUCUUGGGGCGAGGGCAUGACAAGCAUCCGCCACAUCCAUCUGGACGGAAAUGCACUCAACGGAUCACUGCCGGCAUCUUGGGCCGGCGGCAGCGAUGGCAGUAGCACCGGCAGUAACAACAACAAUAGCAUGGCGGCGCUUCGCUACCUGACGGCAGACGGUAACAGCCUGAGUGGCGGCCUGCCGGCGGCGUGGAGCCUGUUGGGGCAGUUGCGGGAGGUCAGUCUCAAGGAUAACCUGCUGGAGGGGCCGGUGCCGCCAAGCUGGUUGGAAGACCUCGGGUUUCUUAGGUACCUGGGUCUCAGCUUCAACAGGGGCUUGUGUGGACGUGUCCCUUUCCUCCUCGACCCUGGCGAGGGCAAGGCCGGUGGCGGGGAUUCCAGGACCACUACCACAGCGUCCAACACCAGUUCAACCUCCGUAACGCCAUCAGCCUCAUCCGCUCCUCCCCCAUCCGGCACACCCGCCAUUCCCACUGCGAACGCUGCUGCUGCUGCUGCUACUGCUGACGAUGCGGAUGAAUCUCCCGGAUUUCGUCUGGAGGCGGAUUCUACGCAGCUGGGAGCUCCCUGCCCCGACACCGGCGGCGGGAAGGGCCCCGUGGCCGCCAGCGUGCUGCUGUGGGCCACAGCUGGUGCUAGCUCGGUCGGGACCUUGGUGCUGGUGGGCCUGCUAACCGCUGCCGCACACGCGGCCAACCGCUUCCGCAACCAGAGGAACAAGGACGCGGGGUCGGCGAAGGCGGCGGCGGCUCUGGCCGCGCCUGCGCAGUCGUCCUCACCGAGGGCCCCACCUCCGAGCCCCCGCCUGCUGAAUAUCACCGGGGGACCCCUGAGUCUGUCGUUCCUCCAGGGCUACUCCCCAAGCCGCCUGCCGUCCAGCACCAGUCCGGCACACCGUGCGACCACAUCCCCCUCCCGAACUGCAGCCGCUGCCACCACCCGUAAUGGGCCUCCGGACGGAACUCACGUCUUCGGACGGACGGCAGCCAAUGGGGACUUGCCUUCGGCAGCGUCGCCGGCGCCCCAGGCGGCUGCCCACAGAUCGCCACGCAGUCCCGCAGCACCGCCGUCAUCGUUGCCGAGACUGGAAGUGCACGGGCUGCAGCUGCGCAUUCCCGGGCGCCAUGAAGGAUGCGGAACUGGCGGCGCGGAGGCUGUGUCGCCGCCGUCGCCGUCGGCGUCAACGUCUGCGUCGCCGCACCUGGCCUGUUUCAGCGGCGCUGGCGUGUCUAGCCCGCGCCGGCCUGCUUCGGAGCGAGACGGCGGCAGCAGCUGCGGCGCGACUCCCGCUGGCCGCCUGCCCAGCGCCCUCAGCUCACCUUCCGGUUCCGCGCGUCGCAACCACCCUGUUUGCCUUGUCACCAGGGCAAUGGGCUCGCUUCUGGGUCAUCGCCCCAGUGGCGGCGGCACCGGUCCGCAGACCUCCUCGCCCCGGGGACAUCUCCCCCGGGGAGAGUUAUCCGAAGAGGAUACUGCAGCAGCAGCGGAGAUCUACCAGGGACUGCUCAUGUCCGGCGAGACGGUGGCGACGGCUUCGGAGCAGCAACUGUGGGGCUACGAGCUGGGGGAGCAGUGGGGUGCCGGAUCCGCCGCUGAUGAGCUGGAGCAGGAGCGCUCCGGCAGGCCCCGGUCGCCUCAGGCGGGGUCAUUUCCGGCCAGUUCCUUCCAAGCUACCCAACAGUCCCUGCAGUACUCUCAGGCAACCGACCUUCGGGUCAUCGGCAGGGCCGCUACACCGCAUUCGCCCACCUCGCCCUCCGCCAGCCGGCCCGCGGCUCGCCCCGCCGCCGCGGUGCGCGGCUCACCAGCCCGCCCACCGCCCAAUGCCGCGUCGCCGCCGCCGCUUCCUGCGCAUGACCUCCGCCAGCAAGAACACCGCAGCCUGGGUCUGCGCGCCUCACCUGAUCUAAACCUCAACAAUAAUGCCGCCACCGACAAGCUCGACGGCAAGCUCUCGCGCCAACUGAGCAGUGAACCCGAACCCGACUCGUCAUGCACCUUCCCGGCAGUACCGCUGCAAGCGUCGGUGGAAGUGGCCGUUACGGUGUGCGCCACCGGUAGCUCGCCCCGUUUGCUAGCGCCCAUGCAGGGCCAGGACGAAGACUCCCUGGUGGCGACGGCGCCGCAGCUGUUGCCGCAAUCAAAGCCGGUACUGCUGCCACAGCAGCAAUACGAGCACCCGCCGCUGCAGGCGGCCCUGACCUUCAUGGUACGGGAGGUGGUGAACUUGGACGAGUACGAUGGUGGCAGUGCUGGCAAUGGCGAAAAGGUUGCGGUAUUGGAAAAUGAGGGUGAGGAGGAGGAGGAGGAGGAGAAGGCGCAAAACCAGGAGAGCAUGAAGAACGCUGCGGUUCGAGGGGUUCCGAAGCUAGAUCGGCCAUGA